AUGGAACAUCAAGGAGUCUUACAGCACUUGGAACAAGACCAUGCUUAUGCGAAAGCUUUUGCCAAAGUGCCGGAUGGGUGUAUUGCGUUGAUUCGCAAGAAACUCAAGGAAAUUUCGGAUUGUGUUGUUCCCGGUGCAUAUGGGGUUAAGAUGGGUGACGACAAGAAGAUCAACCACUUGCUCAAUCUCAUGACGUUCAUUUACAAGUUCGACACAAAGGGCAACCCCAUCUUCAGUCAGCCAUCUGACCAUCCCACUGUCAACACUGUAUGCCAGCUAGCCAUUUUUACCAGUCAGGACCAAGUUGGGAUCAAGUACAAGGAUCAAUUCAUCUCCGUACUCAAUGACAAUGAUGAACCUGAGGUCCCAAAUUCCAUGAUUUUUUCUUCUCUACUUGAUCUGAAGUCUGUUGUUGAUGGAGGUCGCGAGUGUGGUGAUUUCGGGCAGGGUCUCAUCGGCAUGUUCAACAACAAUAUGGAAAUGCUCAAUGGAAUCUAUGCCAAGGGCCCCCAUGUUUACCAUUCUCUCAUGGCUCGAAAAUACAAAGCCGUUAGCAGUGUGGUUGACUUUGCGUUCACUGAGUUGAAGGCAGCAUUCGCACAAAUCACAAGUACUUUGUGUUACGACUUUGUCCCAUUUCCUCGUUUUCAUACUAUCCUGUGA